UCUUAAGUGAGUAUUAUUUGCGAUUGGGUGUAUAUUUGCGGGAACUUUUUUAAGGAAAAUCAUAAAAUCUUUGCAAAAUUGUGAGAAAUGACAAAAUUGUAAUAAAACUUAUCUCCUCACAUAGAUUUUAAAUUUGUACGUGAAAAGGAAAAAAGUAAAUGAAAUGUCAGGGAAUGCUAAAUCGGGUAAAGUGGUAUCCUGUGUAAUGCGUAGAAAAUGCAAAUUGUGAGUGAUUACGAAAAUGGCCAAGCUGUAACUAAAUAGUUUACUAACAUUUGUGCCUGAACUUUUUUUUUGAACUUGCUCUCGUCAACAAAUUAAAAGUGCAUCGGUAUACAUAUCAGUGAAACUCCCUCCAUACAUUAAGAUUUUAUUACCAACUAUAAGUUUCACAGAUUUAGCUUUGGAAAGAAUCAUCGAUUUCAGAACAGAUUAGUUUUGGGCCACACGACCGCAGACUGAAGUAAAAAAGGCGGAAAAAUUGUUUCUACUACCACGUUCAGAUACUGAUCUAAUCUGAUUUGGCUACAUUCCCAGAAAGUGGUUAAGCGGACUGAAGUUCAGGAAUGGGUCAGCUUAUGGUGAAACUAGCGGUACCGCUGCAGCAUUACAGCGACAGUGUAGUAAAUAUAUUAGCUGGACGCCGCAAACGUAAGCGCUCACUCGAUUCAAGUAGCUCCUCAGAUGAACUGAAGGACAAUGAAACGCAAUCGCCUAAAAAAAAAAAACUACUCACCACAACGCAAUACAUUUAUCAAGCUCUUUUUAAAGAGCAAAAAAAUUCAGACAUUGCUGUUAUGGCAUUAGGCAAGGUUUGGAAUCUGCACAAAGUUUAUCUCUGCCAGAGUCCGUAUUUUUACAGUAUGUUCAAUGGUUCUUGGAAGGAGUCGUGUCAGGAUUUUGUACAUAUAAAAAUUCUGGAUGAACGCAUCACACUGGAAGCGCUGGACGCCGUUUUUGGUUCCAUGUACUCCGAUGAGAUAGAAAUCGAUCCGAAGGCGGUAAUUUCGGUAUUGGCUACAGCGACGCUUUUCCAUUUAGAUGGUAUAAUUGAUAAAUGCGCUGAAGUUAUGAUUGAAAGCAUCAACGCUGAAACUGCCAUUAAUUACUAUGAAGCAGCCUGUCAAUAUGGCAGCGUGAAUGUGAAGAAAGCUGCCAUGGUUUGGUUGGAAACAAACUUGUUAUGUAUCUACCCAAAAGAAGAACGUCUACUGCGACAGAUCAGCGUCGAAUUAAUGACUGAAUUAAUCACUAGUCCAGAUUUAUAUGUAAUGCAAACUGAGUUUUCCUUAUAUACAUUGCUACGUACAUGGAUAUAUUUGCGUUUACAUCCACUUUACGAUCCUUCAAAUCCUUCUGCAACAACAUCCUCAACUACUAAUGAUGAUGACAGAGACAAGGUUACGAGUAGCAAUAGCAACGCCGGUGAUGGCGCAUCACUUGCAGAUCUCAUACAAGCGUAUUUUUCGAAUCGCAGCGAAAAGCGCUCAUUCCUGGCCACACUCGAAGGCCAACAAUUUGUGCCAGCAUUCCAAGCGCUACGAACACAGUACUUAACUAAUCAUCACACCGAUUUGAAAAUUGUACUUAAUGACAAUAUUAUUCCAAAGGACUGGCUGCACAGUCAUGUACUGACCCAUUGGAAUUCAAUUUUAAAGGUCGAUCACUUACCAGAGGAGGGGCCACAAAAUCUAGAUCCGGAUGUCUUCUAUAAGAAUUGUAUGCGUUGUGGGCGUAUUUUGCUGGAGCCCGGUUAUCAGAAAUGGCGAUGGACUGGUUUCAAUUUCGGUUUAGAUCUUGUGCUGGUCGCAGAUUCACGCCUGCUCAGCAUACGUCGCCACCACCGCAAUGAACAUGAACGUUUGCUAAGUCUACAAACGAAAAGGCAGUUUAUGAUACGCACUUCAGUGACGUCGAUCAAUUCACAGCGCCAACCUACCUUUACACAAAGGACCGAGGUAACUUCCCUCAGUCUGGAAAAGAAUCAGGAAGUGACACUGAUGCUUAUGGACACAAAACUGGUGCAUCCCUUGCUCAUAUCAGUCAAUCUCCUGGUAGUUAUGCCGACGUCUCAACAAUUCAAGCAGCAUGUGUUUAGCAAUGAAGAAAUUGUUAAUGCGACAGUUCCUAUAUCGGAAAUCGGUGCCAAUUGUAGUGCUGACGGCGAUGUCACGUCUCUGCAACGGCCAGUCACACCCACAAACGAUAUUACAUCGGGCGAACGAAUGAUGACGGCAGAUGAUUCAGCGGUAUGUGUGGUACCACCUUCUCCGCCAAAUGUGCCAUCUCUGCUGAUAUUCCCUCCAACGCAGCGUGCAGCCUCUACGACAUCAACGGUGUCGACGGCUUCAUCCGUCGGUUCAGCGGUGUCGGUGUCCUCUUCCGCUUCGGAUUUUGUGUAAUAAUAUUUGAAUUAAGAUGCGAACGCUAGUUGGGUUAUGGAAACGUUCCAUAUACAUACAUAUGUAUAUUUUGUGAUUAUUUUGCUAAUGAAAUCGUGUUCAUAUUUUGCUUUCGUUUAUAUAUUAGAAUAUAAAUUUUUCACUAUGAAUUUUGCCAUAUACACACAUACAUACAUUCAUACAUACAAAAAACGCACAUUACAAAUUUGUUCUACUUUGUAUGAUUAAAAGCUAUUGACCAAAUAAUUGGAGCUGUAGUCAGCUGUACCCACUUACAUACAUACAUAUAUCUCAAUUUUUUAUGCAAAGAAGAAAAUUUAUUUUAGUUUAUUUUCGAGAAAAUGCAAAUUCGAAAUGUUGAUUUUAAAUUUUUUGCCCGCAAAACAACUGCGUAUUCGAAAUUAUUGUAUUGUCGAAAAAGAAAAAAAA